AUGCACCUGCCAGCUUACAUCCUCGCCGCUUCACUGUCCGCACGACCUGCUCCGGCCACGCGCAACCUCAACGAACGAUACCAACAUCCGCGCCCCCCUCUGCCGCCGCAGCGUCGCGGCCGUCCUCGUCAAGCCCCUCCACCACCUUCAAUCCCGACUCUGGAACGCUGCUCGUCCACGUCCAACACAGACAAGACCGGCCUCAGUCAGCCCCUUCGUCAGACCAUCUUUCCCUCUCUUCGCACUCCGGCCGCCUGUGCCUCGUCCACGUAUUCGACUCAGCGACACAGCCUCCAGCUAUAUCCACCCGCCGCUGCCCUGCAUCCCGUCCUUGCCGCCGCCGCAUUUCCUCUCUGGCCUCGCCGUCAGGAUGACCACUUGGUAACGCCUGGCCUCAACCACAACACUACCUCUGCGCGCCUCACCAUGCCGCCUGGAGACAGACCAAGGCAGCCCCCCUCCGUCGUCCGAGCCGCCGCAACCCGUACAGCCCCCCUCACCCCAAAGGUUGCCUCCAAGGGCACUCCUGUUCUUGGUUCGCUCGCCAGGAGACCGCCGCAAGGGACUGCCAACACGCUUGCCAAUGAAGUCGCCUCUCCCGUCUCUGCCUUUCUUGCUACGAAUGUGACCCCUCGCACCGGCCAUAGGCAGACCCGUGUCGACAGCACCAACAGCACCCCGACUACUACACCGAACCCGGAUAACCGCGCCAAUGGAUGGGAUCGUGACAGUCCGCGUCCCAGCGGGCUAACCACUUCACCGGAGAGUGGACUCAAGCCAUCCGAAAUGCCGCCCGAUGCCAACGAUUCCAACAAGUUCUUCUAUGCCAGCGACGCCAAGAAUCUGCAAACCCCUGGCCAGCAGCGCCAACCGGCACCCGCCGCGCAGAAAGGACCUACCUUCUUCUACGCCAAUGCUACUCUCAACAACGUUGCAGACCUCUCAGCGACCAGCACACCACAGCCUGCGCCUCUACUCUCCCCUUCUAAUAUGAAUGCACAGGAUCCUUCCGCUACCAAGUUCGUUUACGCGAAUGGAACGCCCGAAAUGGAAUCAAAUCCAACCUUGGCCAGCUCCACCUCGAAUUCUGUCUUGUCCUCGGGGCCUCGUUUACCGCUCGGAAGCCGUCCUCCUCUGGGUUCCUCUGCCACUGUCAUUGGCCUUGUUCAGCGUCCUACAUCACCUUUGAAGCAUACUUCAACGCCUCUGCCAGUUCUGAGUCCUAUCCUGAGAACUACCUUAUCGCCCCCAUCGCCAAUCAGAUCGCAAACGAGCCCACCUUCCACUAAUAGUGUUCAAAAACUCGAAAGCCAGCGUGGAACGAGACGAGUCAGCAUUGAGAUGCCACCAAAAUCCCUCCGACGGCAGUCUCGAGCCAACGGCAACCCCGGUCCCGAGCUGCAGUUACCUCCCAAAAUGACAACAUCGCCCAAUCUUUCUGAUAGUGUGUCACCACCAGCCAGCCCCGGCAUAUUACAGACAUCCAUGACUAUGGCUUCGCUUUUGCAUGCCGCAGAGGAACAGCAGGUUUCUGAUGAUGAAGCAGACGUCUUGUCGGAACCGCAGAGUCCGAGCAAGUCACACUUCUCUGAUGGUGUGAGCGAACUCGUCGCCAACGCUCGCAGAGAACGCAAGGUUCAGGAUCUUGAGAUCACAAACGCAUCACUGGAAGCCAUCAACAGAACGCUGGAGAGGCAACUUCGAAAACAGACUGCUGAGCUACGUCGCUAUCGCCGUCUUUCUCGCUCCGGUCGACUGUCUCUCACCUCUGCGCCAAACAGCCGCGUGGUAUCGGAAGCUCUCACCGACCCGGCCGUGGAUCUUUCUGAACUCAGCGAGAACAACCAGACCGAUGAGGAAGACGAGGAAUUCGACGACUCCAUUGAAGAGUCUGAUGUUUCCAUGGCCGACACUGCAUCCAUGUCUGUCAUUUCCAUGGGCGCUAUGCGUCGCAAACGUGACGAGAAACGUUUACAGCUUGACCUUACAAAACACCAAGAACUUCUCAUUGACAGCCAAAAGAUGAACCAGAGCAUAAAGCGCUGCCUGAGCUGGACCGAGGCACUGAUCAAGGAAGGGCAAAAAGCCCUCGAGUAUCAUGUGCGCGUUUCCGAUGUCGAAUUUGGUGGCCAUAUACUCGCACCCGUCGAUGAAGACGAUUACGACUUGUCUUCCCAAAAUGUUGAUGACCACGACAUGACGGUGAAGGAACCAGCGUCUUCAUCACCGCCAAGAGCUCAACCGGACCGCGACAGUGGCAUCGAGCUGCCGCCAAGUGAAGACGGUUCAUAA